CACACCAUAGAACAGAGAGAUUGAGAGAAUCACAAAGGAGGAAACCCCCACCCCAAUUUCCCACACAAAGACAAAACACACGAAACAGCAUCCAAAGUAACUCCUCCCCAUAUAAUUCAUCCAUGAGCUUAAAAUUCUUAAAAAUCAAAACUUUCUUUCUUCCUUAAAUUCCCCUUUUAUCCUCCCGAGUCCUCUUUCCUUGCAAUAUCCAUAUCUCUGGAAUCACAAGCUUUUUAGGUUCUUUCAGCCAUGGGAGCUUCAAAGGCAAUCCGCUACGUCCUCCUUCGUCCUUUUCAACAGAAAUACCAAAACGACGUCGUUUUAGCCUUCUACACCUCCUCCGCGGCCCGCCGUCAACGCGUCAUUGCCUGGGCCGUCGGAGUCGUCCUACUCCUGGGGCUCGUGUUCAUUUGCUGGCCGUCCGGUCCGGUCCUGAAGAUCGAACGGCUAAAGCUGAACCGGAUCAAGGUGCACACAUUGCCGCGGCUGACGGUGGACAUAUCGAUGUUGGUGAGAGUAAGGGUUCACAACGGCGGCGUGUACUCGAUGACCUACAAGUCGCUGGACGUGGCGGUGGGGUACAGGGGGAAGAAGCUGGGUCACGUGAAGUCGCAGCAUGGUCACGUGAGGGCGAAGGGGUCGUCCUACGUGGACGCCAGGCUGGAGUUCACCGGAAUAAGGGUGUUGUCCGACGUGGUGUUCUUCCUGGAGGACCUGGCUAAAGGCGCUGUCCCUUUUGACACAUCCACGGAGGUUGAGGGCCGCUUGGGCCUCCUUUUCUUUGGUUUUCCUAUGGAGGCCAAACUAUUGUGUGAGGUUUUGAUAAACACAGCAAAUCAGGCAAUUGAACGCCAAAGGUGUCACCGAAAGAGGUGAGUUGAAGGGGCGGAGAGCCUGUGGGCUGCGAAUAGGGCUGAAGCUGGAAGCUUCAACAAGAUGGCUCCGAUGUCUGUAUAUAAGGGAUAUUUAUGCAUCCAUGAUCAUUUGGCAAUGUAAUUGUACGGCUCACAAUAUUUAGUAAUGUAAAUUAUGCACAUAUAUAUUAUUUAUCAUUUGAAAAGAUUAAUUAGAGUGCAUGUAUUAGUGUUUUUUUUUUUGGCCAACGCAUGUGUUAGUUUAUGUUAUGUAUCAAAAUGAACCAGGUUAUAUAUCGACUUAAUUAUAUAUGCUUUACAUUUAUGAAGUCCAAAAUU